ACUUCACUGCCGGGCGACGUGAGGUUCCGCGAGCAGAUUUAAAGCGAGAGGGUCCCCUCUCCUCUUCUGUCUUCACUUCACUUCUUCUCCGUCAUCAGAUCUGAGAAGAUCACCCACCCCAGCCGAAGGGCAACAGGGAGAAGAAGGAGGAGGAGUCUGGACAGGCUUUUACCUCUCCAAUUCAGCAUAAGAAAUCAUGGGCCGUGGAGUCAGUGCUGGUGGAGGUCAGAGUUCUCUGGGAUACCUCUUCGGCAGUGGUGAAGCUCCGAAACCUCCUGCAGUUAAUGCAGAGGCCCCUGCAAAGCAAGUGCCAGACACCAGCAGUGGACCUUCCCAGAGGUCUACAGCCACUGCCUCCCCGCCAUCGGCAGAUGUUACUAAGCAGAUUCCAGCAGGAAUUCAGGGGAGCCAGGCAAACAACUACUUCCGUGCCGAUGGCCAGAACUGUGGAAACUUCAUUACAGAUCGGCCUUCGACUAAGGUUCAUGCGGCCCCAGGUGGUGGCUCUUCCCUUGGAUACCUGUUCGGUGGCGGCAGCAAUUGAUCGGAAUGUUUUAGUUGCUAUCUGUUCUAGGAGCGUAUCGUUAUGAAGUUGGGAUUGGGACUAAGCAUGUCCGAAAAUCUUCCUAAGUCUGCAGGCACUGUGGCCUGGCCAGUGCUAUGUACUAUAAACCCUUUCCUUUCUUCAGUUCGUGAGAUCAAAUUCUUGCUUUGGACUAUGGAUCGAUUGAACAAUGUUUCAUGGCUUUUCCAAUGAAAAAACGGAAAGGUAAGUGUAAAUUUUUUUUUGUUAUGUAUUUUGGUAUUCAGAGUCCAAUAGGAUUUGAAUAAUCAAGUCGAAAGAUCGAAUAUUAAAGGUUAAUUUCCCUCUCAA